CGCUCAAGCAGGAAGCGGAAGCGAUAGCAGCCGUCGGGGUUCUUGGAACGGAGAUAGGCAGCGGGCUUUUUCUAGCGCAAAUUGGCGCAGAGGUCGAGUCAAACCCCGAGGUCCCAGGAGGAGGGGAAGCGAGACAGAAUAGGGACCUCGGCGCAGGUCCGUAACUGGUGCGUUCGCGAGGUGGGAGGGCCAAGCCGAGAGUGGACCCCUAGUUAGCGCGCGCUCCGCCUACAAGAUGAGCUCCAAGGCCAAGAAACGCGUGGUGCUGCCCACUCGCCCCGCGCCUCCCACGGUGGAGCAGAUCCUGGAGGACGUGCGAGGGGCACCCGCCCACGAUCCUGUCUUCACUGCCUUGGCCCCAGAAGACCCCCCAGACCCAUCCCCAAGAGCUGAGGACUCAGAGAUACAGCUCGAGCAAAUCUACCAGCAGAGCCGGGCCUAUGUGGCUAUGAAUGAGAGGCUGCGGCAGGCGGGAGAUGCGCUGAGACACAAGUUCGAUGGCCUUCGGCAAACUGGUCAGAGACUGGAGCAGGAUAUUAGCCAGGUGACUUCAGCCACCUCCUAGAGCUGACGUUCGUUACACCCGAUGUCCUUGGUCCAGGCCUGGGCACCUGGCAACCAGAGGCUCUGGGUCAACAUUUGCUGUCCCAGCCGUGGCCUGAGGGGACCCAAUGGCCCACCCUGCCAGCUUGCGGCUUUGUCUCCUCUUCCAUCCUUAAUGGCCUCUAAUUCAUGAUGGGACUUGGGGACAUGGCUACCUCCUCAUUCAUGGGGACACCGGCCUAGAUUGCAUCUAGGGCUUGACUGCAGGUCAGGGCUCAGAGCCAGCCCUCCUCCAGUGUGCUCUGCCUGCCCCAUGUCAUGCUGGGCAGUGAAGGUCUCCAUCCCCAACAUCCACGGCAGGUCAGCCACUGUCAUCUUGGUUGAGAGAAUGGGAUGGCUGCCCCCUUCCGAGAGCCUGGCUCACCUCCAGGGCCUUCCCAGCUUCCCUGGGGCAGGGGGGACUCAACAUGGGAACAAAGGGGUUUCCAUUCUGUGGAGUCCAGGGGUCCAAGAGGAGCCCAAAGGCUGGGGCACUGUGUGUGGUGGGCAUUGCCCCUUCUGGAUCUGGGGUUUGGUUUCCCUUAUUACAGAAGAUCCAAUGCUUUUGGGGUGUCUGAACUUUAGUUCUGGACGAUCAGUGAUGUUUGUUGCCUGAACACAGAUCUCUCUUAAGCUGGUCUAGGUCACGGGGAGCCCAAGUCCAUGCCACCCCUUGGCAGUUCAGGCCCUGGCCACUGCUCCCGCCUUCUCAAGUCCCAAGCUGGCUGGAACUGUUUUGUCAGAAGUGGCCUUGGCUUGUGGCCACGUUAUUCCUGACACUCCACAUUCCUGAUGGUCAUGGGGUCCGGCUUGCCCUGACCUGUGCAGCCUGGAUUCCUGGUCCCCACCUCCACCAUGACACCUCCACCACAAGCGACUGGUGGCUGAUGGCCAGGUGUGGCUCAGCUGACCCUCAAUCAACUUUGGCUCUAGCAUGUGGGAACCUGACACACUGUCCAGUCAGCGGGGAGCUUGGAAGCUCAGAAACGCCUUAUGGGGUUGGACAGCAGCUGCAGAAGGUUCUGGAACGACCUCCCCCCUCCAGAGCCCACAUUAAAGAUGAAGCACCAGA